CUAUCGAUAGUAUCCCACCUCUAAGUACUGGUUUGGAAAAGUGUCGGGUAAUAUCUCCGAAUUGGGGUAGACUUAUUGGGCACUCGACGUUCGAAUGGAGAUUUUUACGUUUAAAAAAUUCUUCAAUAAAAUGUGUCUUAUAAAAAUGAAAAACUGGACAAUCGCAUAAUUGUGAUUAUGACCAGCGGCGAUGGCGCUCUUCACUAAAGCGAACGGGGUGAGGGCGCUGCUAUGUCUGGUCGGGAUGUGGGUGCUAUUUAGUGCGUUCCUGAGCUAUAUAGAUAAUAAAACUGCAAAUUACUCAACAUUUAGUAGACUUAGCAUUCGACACAUGCAUAAGUUUUCUAAAGUGGUCAACACUUCCAGUGAUGCUCUAAACGACCAAAUCCAUAGCGCAAAUGAAACUUUUAUUUCUGGUAACAACCCAACACUUCCUGAUAACGAGAUUCAGUGGAAUAGUUCAUCAAUAAACCAGAAGAACAUUUCCAUUGAAAGUCGCCAAUCAACCAGCGAUUUACUGCUUGGUGAAAAGAUACCAAUUAAAAGACAAUACUCGGGUUCUUUGAAUAUAAAAUGUAAAAAUCCAAUAUACGAUGAAAACGAUGGACCAAUAACGCCGAAUACCACACUUGAGUCGUUAGACAUUGUAGAGGCUGAUUUGUCUUCUUUAUUAAAGCCGGGUGGAAACUUCCAGCCACAUGACUGUAUUCCAAAGGAUCACGUUGCAAUAGUGAUACCAUUUCGCGAUCGUUACGCUCAUUUAGCCGUUUUUCUUCGAAAUAUUCACCCAUUUUUAAUGAAACAGCAUAUCGCUUAUCGAAUAUUUCUUAUCGAACAAACUAACGGGAAAGCGUUUAAUCGUGCGGCACUCAUGAAUAUUGGCUUCUUAGAAGCCUUGAAAAUGUAUCCCUGGGAUUGUUUCAUCUUCCAUGAUGUUGACUUAUUACCUCUGGAUAACCGAAACUUAUACACAUGUCCGCGACAACCGCGUCACAUGUCUGUUUCUAUAGACACAUUAAACUUCAAGUUGCCUUAUCGCUCAAUCUUUGGUGGAGUAUCAGCAAUGACACGGGAGCACUUUCAGCUAGUAAACGGCUUUUCGAAUUCUUAUUUUGGUUGGGGAGGAGAAGACGAUGACAUGUCAAACAGAUUAAAACAUGCCAAUUUGUUCAUAUCAAGAUAUCCUGUUAAUAUAGCGCGUUAUAUGAUGUUAAAACAUCCCAAGGAGAAGGCCAACCCGAAAAGAUAUGAGAAUCUCGUAAACGGAAUUAGCAAGAUGGAAAUGGAUGGUAUAAACUCCAUUAAGUAUGACAUAUAUAGCAUAAAAGAAUUUCCAACAUUUACUUGGUAUUUAGCAGAACUCAAAAUCGUCGAUCAAACAAGUUAAUAUUUAUAUUUAUGUAUACAUACAUAUGUAUGUAUGUAUAAAAAAGUGAUUCCUGAAUUAUUUAGUUUUUAUAUACAUAAUUGAAAAUACUCUUAGUCUUAUUGCUCUAUAUUUAUUAUCAAACUCAUUUAUUACAAUUAUUACAACUACACUUAUUAAACAAAACCGUUUUUUAA